AUGUGGAAACCGAAAGGCAACCUGGAGCUAAUCGCCAUAGCCAACGAAUACUUCCUGGUGAGAUUCAGUUCGAUCGACGACCUCGAGUUCGCAAUGUACGAAGGCCCUUGGAUGGUUUUAGAUCACUACCUGAUCAUGAAGCCCUGGGAGCCGGACUUCGAUCCCUACAAUGAUGCCACGGAGAAGAUUCUGGCCUGGGUAAGAGUUCCUAGCCUACCUGCGGAAUAUUAUAACUCUAUUUUUCUCAGGAAAUUAGGCAAUCGCAUCGGCCGGAUAGUUGGUGUUGAUCAGGCGACGAGCCAAGUGUCUCGCGGCAUGUUCGCCCGUUUCUGCGUUGAGCUGGACAUGAGAAAGCCGUUGGUCUCUAAAUUCACAUAUGCGGGGAAAGUCAGGUACGUAGCUUAUGAAGGCAUGCACAUGGUGUGUUUUGCAUGUGGCUUAUAUGGGCAUGAGAAGGAAGCAUGCCUGGAUUGGAAGCGUUCAUCGCCAGCGGCUGACGGCGACAUGGCCGGAAAUGUGGAGGCGGAGAAUUCCGGUGGCCCGUCGAAGAUCGUGCGGCAGGACCCUACCGUAAAACCCGAAGCUCUGGACCCUAAGGUCCCUUUUGGAUCUUGGAUGCUUGCACCGACAAGGAGGGGGCGACCAGCCUCGAGGAAGCCCGACAAUAUUAAUAAACUUACGGCUGGACAGAAGGAGCGCAGUGCAAAUCGUAAUGAGAUGGUGGCUCAGGCAUCGAAAUUCGCACUUCUGGCAGAGGAUAAUGACGUGGACAAUAAAGCUGUAUAG